AUGUCCUCCGACGAGCUCGCACGAGCCCAAAGCCGGGCGAGCACCUCCGGGCCUGAUGACCCCGAGAAGGGGCCUUUCCCAGCUGAGAAAGCGGGGGGGGCAGCAGAACCGGAAGGAUCCGGUAAUCUUCCUAUUCGGAUUAUGUACCUCCAUGAGCUGCAGGCGUUCCCCGAUGCAACGACGGAGACUCUCAUGAGCGAGGCUUUCGGCAAAGAUCGCGUCAUUGUGCCCAAGUUCCAGUCGAAGCGAAUCAUGACCUGGUUCACGCUUGCGUUUGCGUUGCUCCUGUUGCUCAUGUUCGCGGCCGUUGUCGUGGCGUUCGCCAACAAAAGUUCUGGAGCCGGUUUUCUUUCACUGACCGCAAUGAUUAUUGUUGCUGUGAUCGUCUUCGUCCUCGCUGGACGGGCGGUGACGCGCCUCAUGCUGAGGCAAGCCGUCGCAUCGGCCGAAGAAUCCUUCAAGAAAUUCCGACCCAAUGUCAUUGUGGCCUCGUCCCUCGGCGCCGUCGUCUGCCUGCAAAUGGACAUCCCGAAGCUUCCAUUGCUACUUCUCAGUCCGGCGUUGGAUCAGUAUUACCGCUACAUGCAUCUGAAGCCGUACGUGUCCAUCGCGGAGUAUCCCUACGUAAUCAUUGUGCAUGGCAGUGUAGAUGAAAGCAUCCCUCUGGACGACUCCAUUCGACUUAUCGAGACGUGCGAAGUGGGCAGAUGCAGGUUGGAAGUCGUCGAUGACGAUCACAAAUUGUCGUCUUUAACAGCCGCGGAUUACAAGCGGUGGGUCGAGGAGGCGUUUGAGCGCGGCCGUGAUGUCGUCAUCAAGCAGAGCGAGGCGGGCAACAAAUCUGUGGACCCCACGUUGUUCGUGAUGUCGGGAGAGAAUUAG